AUGCCUCCUUGGACGCCACGCACGCCUGCUAGCAAACUUCCCAGGAACAUGUCAGAGUGGCGCAAAUUGGCGCAGUCCAAGGGUUUGGAGCAUUCGUCUAUCAGACACGCGCGCCAGCUCAACUCCGCCUCAAAACUGCGAAUCGAGGACUACAUCCGGAUGAGAGUCAUCUGGCCUCGCAGGAAGCAGGCCAGGAACUUCCCCAGAUUGAUUAACUCAAACAAGGUCAAAGAGAUCCUGUCGGGUUAUAAAGAGUUCGCUGCAUACCUGAAGGGUAUCGGACGCACCCGAACUCAUGAGCAACUCAUGGAAAUGGGCAUGUUUCAGUUAGUGAGAGAUUCCCAGCUCGAGGUUCAAAAUCUCGAUAGUACCGCUCCUGAAUCAAGCGCUGUUACCUUCACGCAUUCGCAAACUGUCACGCAAAUACCGCAGUCGGCCCAUUCUGACAGUUCUGGACCCGUGGAUAUGAUAUUGUCUAUCACGACCUCGAAUCUCCCCGACCAUGAUACCGAACUGGAGGACUCUCCAAUCGAGCACACGAACGACGAGCAAAUCGUGAAUGAGGCCAUGUUGGAAUUCCUCAAAGCCAUCACGAUGACCAUCAAGGGUUGUCUCUGCAAGUGGACCCCCGGCCGUGCACCAUUCGAAUCUAUGAAUUUCGGCAAGGACACCAUGACUGCGCGUACCGACGGCUUUCUUAGAGCGUUCGAUCGGAAACUGAUUCCGGAUGUCUUCGCAAUUGUGGAAGUCAAGUGUCAAUCCCGGUCCAGAAAUAAACCAAGUGUGUUUUGGCAGGAGUCCGCGGAAAUGAUGGCCUGGAUGGUGCAUGCCACGAUGGAGGGUAACCGGAAGUGUCGCUCCCCUACCAGGUAUGUUGAAACUGAUCAUGCUGUCAAAUCUUUUUUGCUAACGAGUUCGAAAGACGCUUGCUCUUCUCGCAGGAUAGAGAGAAAGUCUACCUGA